AUGUACAACGCUGGCCUCUGGAUAACCAACUCGACCGCCGUGUCUCUUGUAAUCGAACGUUGGUUAGCCACCAAGAGAAGUGCCACCUAUGAAGAGGAGUCCGUCAUGUUGGGCGUGUUUUUGGCAGCGUUGCAGUUCGUAAUCGCAGCCAUCCCCUUAUCCGUGCUCUACUCCAAAAUCCAAUUCGACGGAGUCGUUAUGUACUACUGUGUUACCGCGCAAGCCUCCCUUCCUUACGUCGGUCAAAUGAGUGCGGUCGUCGGAUUCGUGUUCCAAAUCUCCGCCAGAUUCUCCUUCCACUACCUGUACCGUCAGAAUAAACACAAUCGGGAGAGUAUUCAACACUCGACGUUAUCGAAUCGCUAUCAGUUGGAACAGAAUAUGAGCUCAAUAUCCUGCCUCAAAACCUUCGCCAACAUCUCCACCACAUUCAUAGUUAUAUAUAACGUAUGUUAUAUCACAUUGAUGUAUCUGGCAGCUUCCUUGGAACCUUAUCAAUAUUUUGGGAUUCUGGAGAUCAACCUAGCCUUUCCAACAUAUGCAAUUAUAUCCAUCAUGGUGUUAUCCAGGUCUAUGAAGAAGAUCCGAAAACGAAUUGGUAUCACUCUUGUCGGCCAUCUCAACACCUCUAAUAACUACUACCACGAUAAUUUCAAACGACAGAUAGCCUAG